UAACCGCAGAACUUACUUCUACCGGUUGACUCCCCUCACGAAACACUUUCAUACUUCUUCUUCAUCUCAAUUUCAGACUCCUUUAAACAAAUAAAAAUGGAUUGAGAUUCAUUGCCCCAAAAAAAAGAAAAAAUUCCCAGUCCCCUCCAAAGAAAAUUUUCCCGUUUCUUCACAUAUAAAAGGAAAAAAAGAAAAAAAAAAAAUCAAUGUAUCAAUUAUUCCGUGCUCGAAUUUCUUCAUUUGCAGUAUUUUAAUAAAUAUUGCAGGGAAAUUCUGAAAGUUUGUAUCUUUGGCUUGUGCAAUAUAGAAAGAAAGGAUUUUUUUAUUUCCCUUCUCUCUAUCUAUAUAUUUUUCUUUUCCUGGGAAUAUUUUGGCCUGGGUUCGCCCAAUCGGAGCUAUUUUCUUCAUUAUUAUUAUUCCUGGAUAAAUCUUCAGUUCAGCUCAGAAGAGAGGCGGUGGCGACUUUGGCUCCUCCUUUUUGCUUUCUGGUUUUUGGAGAUGAAAUUUGAGGUUGGUAUGGGGGGUUUGGUUUGGAGUGAUGAAGAUAAGACUUUGGUGGCUGCGGUUUUGGGUACAAAGGCUUUUGAUUACUUGUUUUCCAGCUCUCUCACUGCUGAAGGUUCAUUGAUGGCAAUGGCAAAUGAUGAGAAUUUACAGAAUAAGCUUUCCGAUCUAGUAGAGCGUCCUAACUCUUCGAGUUUCAGCUGGAAUUACGCUAUUUUCUGGCAAAUUUCGAAGUCUAAGUCUGGAGAGUUAGUGUUAGGGUGGGGAGAUGGAUGUUGCAGGGAACCUAGGGAAGGGGAGGAAUCUGACGUGACCCGAAUCCUUAAUCUUAGGCUCGAGGAUGAGACACAACAGAGGAUGAGAAAAAGGGUUCUUCAGAAACUGCAUACUUGUUUUGGGGGUUCGGAGGAAGAUAGCUACGCUUUUGGAUUGGAUAGGGUGACUGAUACUGAGAUGUUCUUCCUUGCAUCCAUGUACUUUUCAUUCCCUAAAGGAGAAGGCGGUCCAGGGAAGUCUUUUGGUUCUGGAAAGCAUUUGUGGUUUGCAGAUGCGUUGACGUCAUCCUCGGAUUACUGCGUCAGGUCUUUCCUUGCAAGGUCUGCUGGUAUGCAAACAAUAGUUUUGAUUCCAACCGAUGUUGGGGUUGUGGAACUAGGUUCAGUUAGAUGUAUACCCGAAAGCCUGCAGCUGAUGCAGUCUGUGAAAUCUUCCUUCUCGUCGUUUUCCUCGCUAGUUAGGGCAAAGCAAGUGGCGGCAGCCACGGUGCCUUCAUUAGUAGGUGACAGAACGGACAGGAAUUUGCCUCUAUCAAUCUCACAUAAAAUAUUUGGGCAAGAUUUGAACCUUGGUAGUAGUCCUCAAUCAAGGGAGAAGCUUUCUAUUAUUAGGAAGCCUGUUGAUAGGCAUUGGGAUGUUGCUUACACUAAUACCAACAGAAUUGCUCUUCCGAAUCCUCAAAAUGGGCUCCACGGGGCUUCAUGGGCACCUUUCAGUCAUGCCAAACCGGGUAAUAAUGCCGUUGAAAUUCGCAGUCCGAUCACAACACAAGCAGGCAAUCUGCCCGGGCUUGGACUUGCCAAGGGAAAUAGGAAUAAUGACUUCCUGCUCAGCAACAAUUUUCAGCAUCAUAAGAAGCCUGCGAAGAUGCAAAUCGAUUUCACCGGAGGGACAACCUCCAGGCCAGUCUCUAUCGAUUCUGAGCAUUCAGAUGUUGAGGUUUCUUGUAAGGAUGACAUUGUUGUCCUGUCAGAUGAUAAAAGACCUAGGAAGCGUGGCCGAAAACCUGCCAAUGGAAGAGAAGAGGCCCUAAAUCAUGUGGAGGCAGAGAGACAGCGCCGUGAAAAGCUGAACCAGCGGUUCUAUGCAUUACGAGCCGUUGUACCUAAUAUCUCGAAGAUGGAUAAAGCUUCGCUCUUGGGGGAUGCCAUCGCAUACAUAACUGAGCUACAAAAGAAGGUCAAGGACAUGGAAUGCGAGAGGGAGAGAAUUGGAGUGAGAGAUGCGGGAUUGCCUUCUUCGGAAGCCAGCCCUAGUUCUGACUAUCAUGGGCAAGGUCAAACAUGUGGUAUGAUUGAUAUCGAGACUACCGCGGAUGAAGUUAUAGUAAAAGUGAGCUGCCCGCUGGAUUCUCAUCCUGCAGCGGGAAUUGUGCAGGCGUUCAAAGAGGCUGAGGUCAACGUGCUCGAAUCUAAAUUGACCACAGCAAGUGACAAAGUAUUUCAUACAUUUAUAGUGAAAUCCCUAGGAUCCGAGCAGAAGUUGACGAAGGAGAAGCUGAUUGCGGCACUUUCAUCUCGUGGCUGCGAAUCAUCCGCCUCAUCAUCGCAGCAGUUGUGAUUGAUCUUCUCUGGUUAGUCUUGGAAAAUUUAGUAUCAUGUUUUUGAGAUUAUGAUUAUUAGGGGAUAAAAUUGUAGUGCAAAGAAAGGAAAAAUGGAAAUGCUUAUGCAGAGAUUUUUGGUACACAGCAGUAGUUGAAGCUAGAAAUUAGAGCAAUAAGUUUUGUUUAAUUAUUUUUUUUUGGGGG